GUUCAGGACGUCGCUCACAGAACCAAGAUGGCAUCCGAAACUGGUGCAAGUAUCGUGUCAAACGAACGAUGUGAUGUAAAUAAUACGAUUCAGCAAGUAUUUGACCCAUUACAAGCGGAAACAAACAGUGUAAAAGUGUCGAGAUCAACGUGGAAUAGUGUUAUCAAAGAGACAAACGAAUUUUCGGACGAUUUCGCUCUACAUUCAAUUAGGACGCCCACGAUUUUCUCUACAGCGUCAUCGUUUAAUACAAACACGGAAGGGAACGAAUUACGAAGAAACGUGAAUUUCAUGAGCUCUUCUGGUGAUGUGGAGGAACGUAUUAGUUUUAAAAUUCCCAUUAAUACUGAAUUACGUACGCCUUCCUUGGAAUCGCACAGCAUGUCCAAUCAAAGGAAUGAUCUGGAUACUGUUACUUGUAUUUCUGAACAACCAGACGGGAAUCCAGAUCAUUGCAACAAUGAAUUAGUGAAAACUUUAAUUGAACCAGUUCAGCAUGCUAUUCAUGUUGACUUAGCAUGUAGUAAAGAUACAACAGUAUCUGGUGGAUUACACACAUUGUCAACAAAAUUAGAAGGAUGUGUAAAUUUUGAACAUGGUAAUACACCUCAGUUAGGGGAAAGCCCUCAAAGUAAUGGUGAAGUGAUCAGUAGCCCAAGAAGUCCAGACUAUCCUCCAAGAGUUUCUGAUAGCCCAAACAGUCCAAAUACAACACUUCCUAGUAGUAUGACAUCGCCAAUUAUGACCUCGACGGUUGUAAUGGAUACAGCAAAGUAUGACUCGGAGAACAGAAGUAAUUUAACUGCUAAAGUUUGUAAAAAUCUUUCUUACUCAUUUUGUGGACAAUUGGAGAAAGUUGAAGAAGUUCCUGUUACGCAAAUAAAAUCGAUCGAAGAAGAAAAAACAGAUAAUGAGAUGGAUACAAUUCACAGGGAUGUAAAAUUGGAGCUUAUUGAAGUAAAAACAGAAUUGACAGAUUCUCAAGAGCAGUUAGGCAUAAUUAAAUCAGAUUGGACUGGUGAGAGCAUAACUAAAACAAUAGUUGGUCGAACAGAUGCUGCAUUGUCUCAUGAUAAAUCAGUAAAUUGUAUUGGCACUACAUCUUCGAGUUCCCAUUCUAAAUCAUAUUCAUCUUCAAGAGAGAAACGAAGUAAAGAACAUAGUGAACGACGUUAUUGCUCACGAUGUUAUAAACGUAGUAAAAUAAAACGAGCAAAUAUUGGGGUACAAUGUAAACGAGAUCGUAGCAUAGUUUCAUUAAGCAGUAAGCCAAUGUCUCAUCCAUUUUCAAAAUCUACAAAUGAAAAUCUCAGGUUAAAUUUGCAAACAAAAAAUUAUAAAAUGCUUCACAAUACACCAGUUAAAUGUGAGUUAUUAGAAGGCCUAAAGUACAAGAAAUUCAUUCACAUAGAGACUUAUCCUAAUGGUGGUGCAACUGUUGUGCAUAUGUAUCAAGAUGAAAUUGAUACAUUAUCUCAUGAACAAUUAGAGGAAUUAGCUCAAGAAUAUUUUAAAGUUGUUUUUGGAGAGGAUGAAAAUGGCAAUGCGUAUCAUGUUAUGGGAAUAGUGCACAAUGCUGCAGCAUAUCUUCCUGAUCUCUUGGAUUACAUGGCAGAUAAUUAUCCUACAUUGACUGUUAAAAAUGGUGUAUUAGGAAGAAGCAGUGAUAUAGAAACUACAACUAUGGUACAGUACAAAGAACAAGUGUGUAAAGCUUACAGUAAUGGUACUGUUAGAUAUGGACCUCUCCACCAAAUAAGUCUUGUAGGAACUGUUCAUGAAGAAGUUGGCGGAUAUUUCCCAGAUCUUCUACAGAAAUUAGAAGAGAAUACAUUUUUAAAAUUGACUAUGCCUUGGGGUCCAUUAUCUAUUGUAAAGAUGGAUACUCCUGAAGAAUCAAAUGAUGGUCCAAUUUUAUGGAUCAGACCAGGUGAACAAUUAGUUCCAACAGCCGAUAUAAAUAAAAGUCCUUAUAAACGGCGCAGAACGGGCAUUAAUGAGUUACGAAAUCUACAGUAUUUGCCACGCCUUAGUGAAGCUCGUGAAUAUAUGUUUGAAGACCGUACCAAGGCACAUGCUGAUCAUGUUGGUCAUGGAUUAGAUAGGAUGACAACAGCAGCAGUUGGUAUAUUGAAAGCUGUUCAUGGUGGACAACCAUCGGAAUAUAACAGAAUUACGAAAGAUGUUGUAGCUUUCUAUGCUGGCGAUUUUCCUGAACUAGUCGAAAAAUUACAAUUAGAUCUUCAUGAACCACCGAUAUCACAAUGUGUACAAUGGGUUGAAGACGCCAAAUUAAAUCAAUUACGUAGACAGGGUAUUCGUUAUGCUAGAAUAAAUUUGUAUGAUAAUGAUAUUUACUUUUUACCGCGUAAUAUAAUUCAUCAGUUUAGAACGGUUUCCGCAGUUUCAAGUAUAGCAUGGCACGUUAGAUUAAAACAGUAUUAUCAAGAAUCACAACACAAUUCAAGUGUUAGGCAUGGACGUGUUGGAAACGAGCACCGUAUAAAGGAGAAGAAGCCACUGGAAACUGUGAAUAUAGGAGACGAACAAAAAGAAAAUACAAAUCGUCAACGUGUAGAACAAAAACAUUCUGUUGAUUCGCUGGAAGAGAAAAAGGCAAAGGAAAGAGCUGCUGAAUAUCAAGGGAAUUUAAAGAAAUCAGAUCAUCAUGGAAAACGUAAAGAAGAUCGUAAGAGCAGAGACCAUCCAAGACAUUCUUCCAUUUCAAGCAAGAGGAAAGAUUCUAUAGAGAAUAAUGAUAAUUGUUCCGAUCUUUUUAACAAUAAGCCUGCAAAAACUAGUAGAAUAGAACAAAAACAAAACAAUGGAAAGAGAGAUGAUAAGAGAUCUGAAAGGAGACACGAAGAUCGUCGUCGAUCUAAUGAAAAAUCCAGUCAUCAUUCACACAGUAGUGGCAGUAGCAGCAGUAGCAGCAGCAGUAGCAGUAGUCAUUGUGGGGAGAAGAAAAAAUAUGAUUGUAGUAGUCAUAAAUUAGAUCAGAAUCGAAGUCAUCACAGUCGAUCCAGCACUAAUACUACAUCGAAUAAGGAAAGCAUUUCAAAUAUCACAGAAUCUAAAUCGGCGAAUAAAUUCAAUAUUUCGGGAUCUUCGUCGAAAGAAGGUAAGAGACGAUUGUGCCCGCCAGAUGUUUGUUUGGAACAUGAAAAUUCUGAUUGUAACACCGUUAUUCUCGAGCCAACUGUGUUAACGCAACGACAGUUAAUAGCAACAACUUACGCAACAGAAGUUGUUGACAAAGCUUUAGAAAUUGCAAUAUAUAAAUCAAAGACUGACGUAGAGGAAGUCUGUCAAUCUUUACGGACCGGUGUUGCAGAAGCUUCCAAAGAAAUCCUGGAAAAAAUUCAUAAGGAAAGUUUUGAAAUCGCUGAACAGAAGUACAAGGAUGAUAAGACAAAAAUAGAACUAUAUUGUCAAUUGUUGGAGAUAGAAACUACAUUGGCAUUCACAUCGAAAAUGGAAUGUGCAACUGAAAAUGCAAUAAAAGCGCUAAUCGAAACGGCUGAAGAUGAAGCAAAGGAAAGAUCAAAAAAUGAAAAAGUUUGUAUAUUAACUAGUGGUAACACGUGUGAAGAAAAUUCACUACCAACGGCAAAGAUAACAAAUUCUUCCUCAAUAAUCUCUACGUCUCCGUUAACAGAAACUGAAAGGCACAAUAAUAGGAACGUUAGCAGCGAUGAAAAUCCAUCUAAAUUAGCACCCGAGGCGCAUGCAGCAUACCCAGAAUCUAGAAGAAAGCAUAGAGAUGAUAAAAGUUCUAGAAAUCAGCGGCAUAAAGACAGAAGAGAUCGAGAUAGGCGUGACAGAGAUCACAAGAGACAUCAUCAUCGAAGUCCUUCGUGUAAUAAAUCGGAGAAUAAAGCAGCAGAAACUACUAGCAAAGAAGAUUCAUUGAAAUUUAUCUCACUGCCCAAAGAUUGUAACAUUUCUAGUAAAAGUACCGACCGAACGGAUAGUAAAGAUGGCGAUAGGAAAUUGGAAAAAAGAAGGGACGGGCACCACAGUCAUGGAAGAGAUGGACAGAAAAGGUCAUCCAGCAGUCGUUCAUCGAAGGAUGACGCAGCAUCGAGUCGUUCUCAUUCAUCGAGUUCAAAUCACAAAAGAAAGUCGAGUUCGUCCGAAGAACAUAAGGAGCCAAAAAAGACGUGUAUAGAAAAAGACGUUGUCACAACAGCAACGACAGAGGAGAGUACUCUCGGCACAACAUUAAGUCUGAUAACAGUGACAACAGUGGCUCAGACAACAACGACAAAUACCGUCGUAUCGACGUGAAAAAGUGAAAAUUAUCUUAAGCUAUAGUACAAUCUGCUUACUAGACGUAACAGUCCGCACGGUCGAGCUCAUAUGCCGAUAAUAUUAUGUGUGUGGAUUCUAACUGAUUUGGGUAUAGUACAUUUAUAUUAUAUGCCCAAAUUUACAGAAAUAUGAGACGCUUACCAAAAUAAGAAGUAUCAUAAAAAUAUGUCAGACGUCAUAAAAGUAGAAAUAAUUGCUACAUUUUACGCAAAGACCAGUUAGAACUAUUACUAAUUGAAAAUUUGCUACGUCAUCAUUUCCAUGCAAUUCUACACGCCUUAGCCCUAGCAAGAAAAUUGAAACUGUAAAAGUAGUAUUAUCGUCUAAAAGCACUUUCUAAAAUUGAAUCGCAAAAAUUAUUUUAUUAUAAAAUCCUUGAGCGUCUCAUAUACUGUUGAGAGUGAAAAGAAGAUUAAAUAAAUAUUUAUAGAAUAGGUGACCAAUAUGAUAUAUGUACAAAAGAAAUUUGUACAAAUUUGUGAUCAGAAAUUCGAUCGGCACGUUAGUGCCGUACAUUGUACAUAGAUUAAUACAUUGCUCUAUUCGAAGAUUUGUGCAACAAAUCUUAUCUGAACUGUAAACAUAUGUACAUAUAAAUGUAUGUACGUAUGUGCGUGUGAGGGCUACGCGCAUGUUUAUGUGUGUGGGUGGUGUAUGUGAAUGAUUUUGUGCAUGUUUAUAUGCACAUACUGCAUGUACAGUUGCAUGCGCUUAUAUGCGUGCAUACGUGUAUAUGUGUAUGUGCGGGCGCGUACGUGCGUGUGUAUAUGUAUAUAUGAAUAGUUGGAAAAGAAGAUAGAAAUGUAAAUUAUUUAUAGUUACAUUGAACAUUCUCCACAAGUUGAAGAUAUUGAUUUACUUUAAAAUUUUACUUUCCUUGUUUAAACAGAUAUACUAAAGAGUGAAACUUGAUAACCGGUCUAAGGAAAGGAUUGUUCUAACUUGUAAAUUACUUAAAAUUCAUUUUAAUGAUAAAAAGAGAAACUAUAUCUUAUGUAGUGGUUAUUAAAUGAAAAAAAUAUAACGUUCUACCAAAAGCUGUACAUUAACAAAAUUACACGCGUAUUUUUAUGUCUCUGUCACGAUAAGUCUAAUUAUCGUAAUAUAUUACCGGCGAAACUAUAUUAAGUGCUAGUUUUUUAUAUUUAAAGAAUUUUUAUUUAUGCGACAAACUCGACAAAGAUGAGCUUGGAUAACACGCUCGAUGUGUAUGUAUAAGUAGUCUUACUGUGUCAUAUACAUACAAAUAAUAUUUAGUUUAAUUAAUGAUUAACAAUUGAUACAGCGAACUGUUGCAACAACAAUUCAUAAUAUACUUUCCGCACUCGGUUAAAUGUAUACAAAAAAGAACUUGCCUUUCUGGGUAAAGUGCCGGAAAAUGACCGUGUAGAUUUGUGCAUACAGAACAUUAUUUAACAGUAGAAACUGUUGUAAAAAAUCAAUAUUCGUAUAAGUUAAUAUAUUCUGUUCUAUAAAAAUUAUAAUUGGCCUAUUUAACUUUAUUUAUGUCUAAAAUUAAAAGUUAUUUAUAUAGAUAUUAACUUUUGGAAAAUUUCAGUUUACACUUAGUACUGAUAAAGCAGUAGAAAACAAAAGAACGUUCGUAUGAUUUGUAUAUUCUUCUCGGAUAAAGAAAUUCUUUUCAUUAAAAUAAUAAAUUUUCUACAAAAUAGCAUUCUACUUUAACAAAUUUUAUAAUCAUUGCUACGAGUAUAAGAUCUGCAUCAUUCAAUGAUCAUGUUUGCGCAUCCUUUUGUUUUAUUUAAUUUUGAAUUUUCUCUAAGUUUCAAAGAAGUAUUCUAUUUAAUUGUUGAAUACUGCAGAAUUUUUGAUCGCUAUUUUCAUUUGCAAACUUUAUUUUCCAGUAAAACAUAAAAAAGAACAAUAUUAUGCAAUAUAUUUUACUAGUGAUUCUUUAAAUAAUUUUAAAUGCAUUGUCUGGUUUUUGGUUGUAAUACUUAUGAAACAAAAUCUAUCGAGUAAAAGCUUAAAAUUUCAAAUAUAUCAUAUUUUAUGAAAUAUCUAGAGUAGUUUGUGUAUAUGUUAUCUUUAAAAUACUUUACACUAUAAAGAGUCCGCCGUUUAUGAUAACAAACAUAUUAUUUUGUAAUAUUCCUUUAUAUUCUUUCUCGUUCUUUUAUUUUUCACAUAUCAGUGUGUACAGUACUGAUUAUGUUAUUAUUUCAAAACUACAUAUUGCGAAUAUUUUCUUUAAUUUUAAGUUAUUUGAUAACAUCUUACAUGUAUUGCAGUAUGAAUAAUAAUAUUAGUAACAUUUACACAUCGGUUAUUAUUAAGAAUAUCGUAUUAAGUUAUAUAUAUAUAUAUAUUUAUAUGAUAUCCUAAAUUCAUACACAUAAUAUUGAUGUACUAGUUUGUUUUCAAAAAAUCUCAGAUUUUAAGAUCCUCAGACUCUAAUAUUACAAAUAUUUUUUACAUGCUUGUGUCAUGUGGUGAUUUCUUUGUUCUAUUCUUAUUUAAGUUUAAUAUUUAAUGAUUUCAAUUGUUUUGCAACGCACCUAUGUCGAGUCACAAUUAUAAUAUAUAACAAUAAAUUUUAAUGUUACAAAACAUCUAAUAGUUCUAAUAGUGUUGAAUUACAGCAGCAUUUAGUCAUGUUUUUUAUAUUACGUUUUACAAACAGUAUUUUAUUAAUGCUUUAAAGAUACAUCAACAAUGUUUUUCAAACCCUAUUUACUGAUGACUCCUUUAAAUAAUCUUAUUAGAAUAAUAUUUUAGAUAAGAAAGACGUAACAAACAUAAAAGACACAAGUCAGAAGGAGUAAAUAAUUGCAUCGACUUUAUAAUAUUUUGUUCUUUUUCAAUUAUGUGUAUUAUUUAUUAUUUUCCAAUCGUAAAUGAAAUUAUUUUAUUUACAGAUAUAUAGAAUAACUUGUAAUUAACAUUAUAUUUCUUCUCAUUUCUUUUCAUGCUUUAAUUUAUGUAAGUGUAUCUAAGUAUCUAUACCACUGACAGGCAUAUAAAAAGUAAUUUAUAGUAAUUACUAUAAAAAGAAUGACUACAAAACAUUCUAUUGAUCCCACGCUAAUUAAAUUUCCAUAAAUUUUAUUUAUGGAAGAAUUUUGAGAAUCUAUAUUAUAUACAGGGUAUUACAGAACAUGUGGGAGCCACUUUGGGAGCAGAUUGUACACCUAAAAGAAAAAGAAACCCGUGCGGCAUAUGAACUAUCUGUCUUUGUUUAUCAGAUAGAACGAACUUUAUUUUGAUUUUGUGUUAUCUAAUUACCUUUAUAGAAGAUGCUGAAAACCACCACCUUGCAUUUCAAGGCAAGCCAGUAGACGUCUUGUCAUGGAUUUGGAUGCACUCUGAAUGGUUCCUGAUGCUUUCUCCAAUUUGUUGAGAAGCUUAGUUCUGAACUCUAGUAUUUCAACAUUUUUAAUAGAGUUUACUCUGGUUACAAAGUUCGUUCUAUCUUAUAAACAAAGACAGACGGAGCAUACAUAUAUAUGAAUGUUUUUCAUUGUUUUUAGAUGUAUAAUCGUUUCUUGAAGUGUAACUUGCAUGUUCUGUACCACUCUGUGUAUUAUCAACAUAAUAAUUGAACCGAAAAGAAACUGAAAACAAAUUAUUGUUCGUUUUGCUAUGCUUUAUGUUAUUACACGUACUAAAGGAAAACAUGUUAAAGGCGUACUUAAUCUAUAGUCGUCUUUCAAAUUGGACCAAAUUGAAAUAACAACAAAAUAUUUACUUCACUCUGUCAUAAGUUAUUAGAUAUUUGUAAAUAAUUGCAAAAGUCUUCUCACUUGUAUGUAUAAUAGCGAUUUUGUUGCACUGAAAGUACUUUAUUGUAUCAACGAUUACAUUUUUGCAUUUAUAAGAACGAAAUAUUUACAAAUAUAGAAAGUGCACAUUGUCGAGGUAAUCAUAAUUUAGACUAAUUUAAAACUUUGGUGCAGAGUAACUACAAAAGGAUGAAGAUGCGAUGUUUGUUUAAGAGGUAUGUUACAUUUCAUUAUUGAAUUAUUUUUAAAAUGCAGGUUCUUAUAUUAACAUGAUUUAUCAAUAACAGUCAAAUUUAAAUACUUUCAAAUAUAGUUUUAGAUAAUGUAUAAUCAUGUAUAUGCUACUAUAUGAUACACAUAUAUAUAAAUAAUAAUUAUUUUCACAAAAAGCACUUUAAAGUUUAUACCUAUUACUUUAUAUGUUAUAAGCACUCGUUAAUAAUCAAGUCUUAUUUCGUUUCGGGCGAAGAUCUUUAUGUUUCGUAAAAUAUAUAACAAGGUGUAUACGUAUAGCAUCGAAUUGAUGCAUGUACUUACAAUAACGAUAUACAUGUACGUAUUUGGUUUUACAAAAACGAGAAGACUUUUACGAUUGUGUCCAAAUGAAGAAGCUUCGUAUAAAAUGAAACGACACAGGUGCUAAAUAUAAAAUAUUGUGGACUUUGA